AUGGUCGAGUUCAAUGGGAGCUUUGCCUCCCCGGUGGCAGACGCCAGUGUCAUUGCUCAACUCGCCAACCCCUCUGGUGCUUUGUACUCCUUUGUCAGUGGCCUCACUAUCUGGAGCGGCCUCCUCUACCUGCUUCUUGCAGCGAUUGUCUACGAUCAAGUGAAAUACAUAUAUCUCAAAGGCUCGAUCGUCGGCCCGUCCAUGAAAAUCCCUUUCAUGGGCCCUUUCCUCGAAUCCGUAUUUCCCAAUUUCACCAAAUACAAGGCCAAGUGGAAUAGCGGUUCCUUGAGCUGUGUGUCCGUGUUCCACAAGUUCGUUGUGAUCGCAUCCAGCCGCGAUCUCUCUCGCAAGAUCUUUAACUCUCCCGCUUUCGUUAAACCCUGUGUCGUCGACGCCGCUCACAAGCUUUUGGGCCCUACCAAUUGGGUCUUUCUGGAUGGCAAGGCCCACGUCGAAUUCCGCAAAGGCUUGAACGGCYUUUUUMCCCGCCACGCUCUUUCGCUGUACCUACCUGGUCAAGAUGAAGUUUACGACAAGUACUUCAAGCAGUGGGCCGAAGUCUCCCGCAAGAAUGAUCUCAAGCCCGUCCAAUUUAUGGGUGAAUUCCGAGAGUUCAUGACUGCCAUUUCUUGCAAGACAUUUGUUGGAGACCACAUGGACGACCAGACAGUUAAGAAAAUCGCCGAUGACUACUUUUUGAUUACUGCCGCUCUCGAGCUUGUCAACUUCCCUAUUAUCAUCCCAUUCACAAAGACCUGGUAUGGAAAGAAGGCUGCUGAUAUGGUCAUGGUCGAGUUUGCCAAAUGUGCUGCCAAGAGCAAAGCUUAUCUUGCCGCUGGUGGUGAAAUCACUUGUAUCAUGGAUGGCUGGAUCAAGCUCCAAAUGGAAUCUGCUGCUUAUCGUGAGAAGAUCGCCAAAGGUAUCCCCGUGGAUGACUCCGAGAAGCCUGCUUCUCUUCUUCGUGACUUUACCGACUACGAAAUCGCUCAAACUGUGUUCACUUUUCUGUUUGCUUCCCAAGAUGCUACCAGUGCGGCUUGUACCUGGCUGUUUCAGAUCAUGGCCGACCGCCCUGAGAUUCUCGACAAAGUUCGUGAGGAAAACUACAGAUUGCGAAACGGCGACCGCAACGCUCCUUUGACCAUGGAUAUGCUGGAAAGCAUGACCUACACCCGUGCGGUUGUCAAGGAAUGUCUUCGUUACCGCCCACCUGUCAUCAUGGUCCCUUAUGUCGCAAAGAAGGACUUCCCUAUUACGGACACCUACACUGUUCCCAAGGGCUCUAUGAUUAUUCCAUCGGUCUACCCAUCGACUCACGACCCCGAGGCUUAUGAAGAUCCUGACAGCUUCAUCCCCGACCGUUGGAUCACUGGUACCGCCGAGAAUCAGACAAAGAAUUGGCUAGUUUUCGGAACCGGCCCGCACUACUGUCUUGGACAGGUAUAUGCCACCCAUAACCUCAUGGGUUUAAUUGGCAAGGCUAGUAUGCACCUUGACUGGACGCAUAAAGUCACUCCUCAAUCCGAGGAGAUUAAGGUCUUUGCCACUAUUUUCCCCCAGGAUGACUGCUAUCUCACCUUCACUCCCCGGGAAAAAUAA